AUGUCAAAGCUCCCUCACUCAAUGUUUGGCCAUCAAAAUGCUGAACAGAAACUCGCGGCGGUCGAAGGCAACCAUCUCGUGGCUGGCGCCACCAGUUCCGCUUGCACGCCUGGAUUGGAGCCAGAUUCGGCUCAUAUAUUCUCUCAAAGACAAGACCGACUUGUCGGCACCUCCCCAUCUUUGCCACUGGAGCGUGGGCCCCCGCCCGUACAGAACCAUGCCCCUAGUUCUCACCUGCCUUCGCUGCUUUCUGUAGCUCCUCCUUCGAAUAGAACCAUCCAAACCAUUUCAGUGGACUCUGACCCGACUGCGCCACUGCCCCAGCAGGCUCAACUGGACCACAGGCGCGCCCCUUUCGACAACCCGAUCCAUUACGCCUACCCCGUCGAGGCACCACUAGAUGAAGAUGACCCCCAAUGGCUCGAGAAGAUGUUCCAGCAGCGACACAGAGAGCAGCGCUUCGUCGGGGACAACAUCCUCGCAACCGAGUCUGUCCUCGGCGAUGUGGCGCGCGAGCUGCGCGUUGCGGAGCUCCAGCUCGAACAGGAGCUGAAGCUCUCGCAAGCUGUCGUCACGCUGCUUGGGAGGCUGGCAGGCCCCCAGUUCGGCGUGUGGCUGAACCAGCGUGUGGCGGCCGGAGACGGCAAUCUGUCAGACGAGAGCGACGUCGACAGCUAUCGGCCCCGCCAGGCUGGGAAUAAUGACUUUCCACGCAUCCCUGGUUUCCACACACCGACAAAGCGCCCCAGAGAUGACGGAGACGACAAUGUCGGCGACAGCAGCAGCGGCGAAGAGGGGCACGGCGGUGGUCCCAAGGUCCGCCGCAACUACAAGCGCCAACGGCUUGUGCUCAAGUCAGAGCUGAAGAACAUGCCCCUUGGAUCGCCGGCAGUAGUGCUCAAAGAAGAGCCCGAGGCCGACGAAGAAAUCCAG